GGACAAGCACUCCGGGUCGGCUCUGAGUUCCCGCAUCUCCUGAGCCUAUCUCGGCCCCCUGACUAGGCCCUCUCCCGGCUUACAUUUUUCGAUCUCCUAGGCCUAUUUGCACCCCAAUGGCCGCGCGGGGAGGCCUAGGCGGUGCAGGCUUCACUAAUCUCAAGAUCCAGGUGGCAAAUGAUCUGCGGGAGGAGGAAGAGGAAGAGGGAGAAGUGAUGGAAGAAAUGGAAGAGGGUGAAGCUAGUGACGAGGAAGUGGAAGUGAAUGUUGUGAUAGAAGCAGCCUCCACCAAGCCCCCUGUUCAGGAGAGGCUGCGGCGUCCUGGAGUGGUGACUGCCCCCCGCCGGCCCCCCCCUGACCCAGAGGAAGUGGCCAAGCUGUACAGAAGCUUAGGGGUGACAGAACAGGAUUUCCUCUCGGGGCACUACAGGGGCGACGCUCUGCAUGUGUGUGGAGCAGAAGCCCUCGCAACCCAUGACCUCCACCGUUACUUCAGCAGCUUCGCGCCCCUGGAGGUGGAGUGGGUGUCGGAGGGUGCCUGCAAUGUCCUCUGGGCCGACACAGAGGGGCCUAUCCACGCCCUCUUAGGCCUAUCCUGCGCCAUACAGCCUACCAGCCAUAGGGGGGAGGGGGACCAGCCGCGCCACCCUCGCCACAGUUCAAAAGGGAAAAAGACUAUUACUACUACUACUAUUACUACUGGUACAAAAAAUAGAAAGAUGGCCAGGAGAGAACAACAACAACAACAACAACAACAACAACAACAACAACAACAGCACAGAAGGAAAGAGGAAGAAAAGAAGAAGAUUAAGAAGAAGAGAAGUAGAAGUGUAUCCAGCAACAGCAGCAACAGUAGAAGCUCUUCCUCCUCCUCCUCCUCCUCCUCUUCCUCGUCUUCCUCCUCCUCCUCCUCCUCCUCCUCGUCUUCCUCUUCUUCCAGUGAAAGUGACACCAGCUGCUCAUCGGAAGGGAAGAAGAAGAAGAAGAAGAAGAAGGGGAAGAUAGAGAAAAUGGAUUUGGAGGAGGCAUCAGUGAGUGCCGCAGAGGUGCCCAUACCAGUGCCAGCGGGCCGGUGGAGGCUGGGGGUGCCGUGCCCUCAUGCCAAGGCCUUACUUAUGCGGUUCGCUUUGAGGAACGACAAGAAAACGGGGGCCGAAUUAAAGGGAAACUCCUCCAAACUGAGUGUGCGGCCUGGCUUGCAAGGGGGCGGACUGCUGAGCGAGAACGGGCGUCGAAGGCUGAGGGAGGCCCAGGAGAAGAGAGUGGCGGAGAUUGGGGGUGCUUGGGGGGGCGGGGAGGGGCUGGGAGAGACCAAGAACCCCUGGGGAGACUUAGCGUUGAACUGGGGAAGAAGAGAGAGUCAGGAAGGAGAUACUUUCAAUUACCAAGCCCUCCUGACCCAGCAUAGGGAGAGAUCAGUCGGAGUCAAGAGGAAGAGGAUCGACAGUGAGGAGGAAGAGGAGGAGGAGGAGGAAGAGGAGGAACAGGAAGACAGCGAAGAUAGUGAUGGUGUGGUGCCCUGGAAGACAAGAAUAAAGGUGCCGAGGAUGCGGAUGUACGCAGACGCAGAGCAGAAACGGAGAAAAACGAAAACCACAGCGAAAAAUCCUAGCAGCCAGCCGAGGAGGUCUGACGUACGCCAGCGUUUGGGAGGAAGAGGAGGAGGAGGAGGGGGAGGAAGGGCUGGAGGAGGUGUGGGAGGGGUGAGGGAACGGCUAGGGGUAGGUGGGAGGGCCGGGGAUAGGGGACCUGUUGAUUUACGAGCGAAAUUGUCAAGUCAACGAAAAUUGCAGAGGGGGUUGAAGGAAGGUCCCCUGAACAGGAAUCGUCUUUCGCUCUCUUGCCCAGACGAGGACUGAGAGAGAGAGAGAGAGAGAGAGAGAGAGAGAGAGAGAGAGAGAGAGAGAGAGAGAGAGAAUGAGAGACUUUUGAAGAUUUUAUGAGAGAGAGAGAGAGAGAGAGAGAGAGAGAGAGAGAGAGAGAGAAUAACUUGGCUCAUUAUUAUUAUUGUUAUUAUUAUUAUUAUUAUUAUUAUUAUUAUUAUUAUUAUUAUUAUUAUUAUUAUUAUUAUUAUUAUUAUUAUUAUUAUUUUCUUGAUUUUUUUUAACCCUAAGCUACAUUAAUUAAUAUUUUAGAAUUAAUUUAACUUUUAUUGUGUUCAUGAGAGAGAGAGAGAGAGAGAGAGAGAGAGAAAGAGAGAGAGAGAGAGUAAUGUAACAAAUAAUAAUACAAAUAUGAAAAAUGUAAUUCUUAAGAUAGUUCUUUUAAGAUUACAAAAGUUUCAUACAAUAUUUUUUUUUUUCCUUUAAGAAUAAUUACUUUAUUUUAUCUUUUAAUUAUUAUUUUAUUUUGAUUAUUAUAUUUUUAUUGAUAGUUUUCAUCAUGUUUUUUUUUACUUUUGAAUUAUUUAUUUUUUUAUUUUUAUUAUUAUUUUUAUUAUUAUUAUUAUUAUUAUUAUUAUUAUUAUUAUUAUUAUUAUUAACGAGUGUACAAUGUAAAAAAUAUAAUGAUUAAUUGUAAUAGUGUAAAAUACAGUGACAUUAUUCUGGGUA